CACGCAUGUCACAAGUUACGGUUUUCCCUGCUAAUUUCCCUCAGCGCGUAUAAAUACAACACAGUUCCUCCUGGUUCCAUUUCAAACAAUUUUUUUCUUGACAUCUCGCAGAUUUGAAUCCAUGGAGAAAGAGAAUAAACAGUCAAAGCUGAAGAGCAGGAUCUUGAAGAUACUGCCAAAAGCUGCAGCAGCAGUGACAUUCCAGAACCCUCCCUUCAGCCCUGGCCGGGAUCACAAGUUCAAGACCCAUGCCGGAAAAAGCUUCUUCUCCGGCCCCAUGAUUCCCGACGAGGCUAGAAGAAAACCCAGGGAUGGCGGCGCCGAAACUCAAGAGCCCACAUCGCCCAAAAUCUCCUGCAUGGGACAGAUCAAGCACAAGAAGAAGCACAUUAAAAAGGGAGGGCCAAAGACCAUGUCCAUGCCCACACGCGCCACAGAAACCGCGUCUUCCACCACUCCCAGAGACGAAAAGAAACAGCGUACCAAGUUUCAGAGGAUGUUGUUCCCCGCGGGGAAACCGAAAGCUGCGGCGGCGAGGAAACAAUCUGAUGCAGGCGACGACAGAGCGCCGCCGUUGGGUCACAUGAGGCGAUUUGCAAGUGGGCGUGAGACUUUUUCGAAUUUCGAUUGGAAGGCCCAGAUUGCGCCCGAGGAAAGGGAUUGCUAUUCGGACAACGAUGAUAGAGUGGAGAGCGAUGCAGAGGAUGAUGUGGUGAUCCCUUUCUCUGCUCCUCUCGGCGCUGGUGGUGCUCCUUUGCUUAGUGUGCAGCCUCGGAAAGAGAUUAAUCUGUGGAAGAGAAGAACCAUGGCAGCACCUAGGCCUCUUCAGUUGAAUCCUGUGCUCACGGCCAAAUGAUUCACAUUUUUAGGUUUCUUUUCAUUCAUUUCUUUCAUUCUCUAAACUGCACAUCAUCAUACAAUUAGGUUACAAACAAACACUGUUCUUGGUGCCUUUGCCACCAUAUCCAUGAACGCGUAUUUUGUUUCCUUCUUCUUCUUCUUCUUCUUCCCAUCCUCGUGUAUAGAAAACAUGGUUAAUCAUAAAUCAUGGAUUUGAUUUAUUUA